AAAAAUGUUUUCAAAUACAUGUAUUAGACUUCUUAAGACGAUAUUUGAGACACACCAUGUCUAAGUGCUGGUCGUAUCUGCUGUUCGUCACAACAUGGAUGUGUUUAAAUACAGACUCAGGUCAGGAAUAUGCAACUCGGGAACAUAUGGGCUGGACUGUAGCUACACGUGUCACUGUACUACCAACUGCAAUGACGUCACGGGCUGUUCUGGCAGCUGCAAGAGAGGAUGGUUUGGAUCAACAUGCAGUUUAGAAAAUGUAGCUCUGGGUAACAUAACAACAAUGAGUUCAUACUUUGAAUAUUCGAGUGGGGCGUCACCACUUGCUGUAGAUGGGGAUUUAAAUAAAAUUUGGAAUACAGUAAAUUGCAUACACACAGCAACCACAGAUCCGUUCACCUGGUGGCAGGUAGACCUUGGAAGAGAAUUCUACAUACACAAGUUAGCCAUUCACUUCAGGAUAGAUGUCAAAGUCCGCAGAAAUGGUGUUGAGGUUUACAGCUCUAUUGAUGGAAGUCCGAAACCCACUGGUCACCUGUGUGGUUCAGCAACAUCAAGCAGUCCAGAUGUGAUGUGGAUGGCAUGUGACAGCACAGCUAGGUAUAUCACACUCUAUCAGAAAACGUACAACAGUCUGUCUGAUGGGCAGACUGACACAGCAAUGGAUUUCUGUGAAGUCCAAGUGUUCGUCUGUGCUUCUGGCACUUUCGGUGAUGACUGCAGCCAGCUCUGCUACUGUCGAGAUGGACCGUGUAACUACGUAACUGGAGAAUGUUCUGGAGGAUGUAAACACAACUGGACUGGACGCACAUGCAGUGAAUGCGAUUCUGAUCACUAUGGUCCUUUUUGUGAACACUCAUGCUCCAGCAGACACUGUGAUGAACCUCGUAGUAAAUCCUCAUGUGACCAAAGGACUGGACGAUGUGAUAACGGAUGCAUAGCGGAAUGGAUGGGACCAGACUGUACACAAAAAUGUCCAGAAUUUACGUAUAGUAUGAGAUGUGCUAGGCACUGCAGUCAGCGACAUUGUCUUGGGAACUCAGCUUGCGAUCCCGUGACCGGGAAGUGUGAUUAUGGCUGUGAUCGAGGAUAUCAGUCUGAAGAUUGUACAACAAAGUGUCCACUUGCAAAAUAUGGCUUCAACUGCAAUAUGCUUUGUGAGGCGAGACAUUGCUCUGGAAGCUCGACAUGUGACCGUUUAGAUGGAGUGUGCAUCGAUGGCUGUUUGGCUGGCUGGGAAUUGCCGGACUGUAGCACUGUUUCUGGUCUAUAUCUCUGGCAUCUAAGAGGCCAUAAGACUAAAUAUAUAAAUGAAGCAAAUAAUCGUGGAUCUGAUCACAGCAACGGUCUCCCAGCGUCGCGUAAUGAAGCGGACAGCCAACAGAGUAAUCAAGAUCAAGCGACCAGUUACAUUAACACAGGUCAAGACAUUGAGCUGAACGAAUAUGAAAAACUCGAACCAAAAUCUGACAAUAUCUACGAACACUUAACUCAGGUCCCUGUGAAGGAUAUGUAA